AUACUUUUGACACGGUGCAAGCCAGCUCGAGUCUUGCAGUUGCAUUUCCCAGUCAGCUCCGCCGCGCAAGUCGGGUGCGGGAGCAUGGGACGAGGUGGUCUGCCCCGGUCACUGCUCCCCGCGCGAAGUGCAAUUCAGGCUAGGCGCAGAGUGAAUGCUAGACAGCUUCAUACAGCGGUAGCACCCCAUCAGACAGAUGGCGUUGAAAGCACUGCCUCAUCCACAUGCUCACGGAACGCCCGCAACAGCUGUCUGUCAUGCGGGCCAAGCACGGAGGCGACGACAAGUGCAGUCAAGCUGCCUUUGCCCUGCACGCGCAAAGCUCCCCUCGUCUUGCCGCCGUUUUUAUGCCCAGUGCUGCAAGAGCGGUGGCAAAAUUGGCCUCAGGAGACAUUCAGAGGAGCAGUAGUUGCACGAGGCAUGCAUUCAGCUGCUCCGUUGCCGCUUCGCGGCGAUGCCAGUCCACUGGAGGGCACAAAAGCGGGAAUAUUUCGCCGCGAGCGCAAAGGAGUAGCUUCGGUUGCAGCCCAAAACGUAGAAGGGGAGCAGCAUGCAUCCGAUCCGGUCAUCGAUCUGGAGCCAGCGUCAUCGCAGGCGCAGUCCGAGUCAAAAAAAUUCGAAGAUGUCAUGAAGCACAAACACUUUGCCCAACUACGCGGACAAUCAACGAAAGGAUGGCAAGCGUCUCAAGCGCGAGAAACCAGGAUUGAACAAACUUCGACGCGGCACCAUUCACAGCUCGAAUCCUUGCAGGCAUGUACGGAGGACCACGCAGCCAAUCCGAUCAAGCUCUACGGCUUUCCCCCGCAUGUCGUCGAUCCAGAGGCACGAGAGGCAGUUAGAGCACUUCGUGCAUUCCUGAAGUCCCACUCGAUUCGGGGCGCCAGAAACCGAUCUGCGCCGGGGCGGAAGAAAUUACAGAUAUGGACUGCGGAUGAAUGGGAGGCGGCCUCGUCUGAGCUUUGGAGCGCAUGGGCUAGGGCAAAUGAGCUUCAAGCACUCAGUGCCAAUGACCACGUGCAGACGGCGGAAAGACUCUUCGUUUUCGGGAGGUUUGAGGCUGCUUUACGACGGGAGUGGCAUGCAGCUAGAUUCGUCAGAAGUCUGGCUGGAUCACGGAUGGAAGCAGUCGUGAUGCAUGCGGACGUCACCCUACCAAGCGCUCCACGCUCUUCAACAGAAGAGCUGAGCGUUUGGGUUGAAUCAUUGCGCAUCAAAGCACAAUCUUUGUUAGCUAUGACCAAGCGGAGUCAACAGAGCUUGGAAUCUGCAGUCGACCGCCUACUCCUGGACCAUCAAAGCCUACUGUUGGCCGGAGCGUAUGAUACGAUCUCGAGCGAUCAGCCUGCUUCCUCCAAGAUACUUCGUCAUCUUGGUCGGGCUGUGGGCAGUCUUCUCGAUGCCUGGCUGUUCUCCGGGCAACGACCUGCGAAAGGGGCCACGGCGCGCAGCACAAGGUCGAAUCAGGACGAUGCGGAGGAGGAGUCGGUCUCAUCAGAUCCUGCUAGCGAGGCUUUUGAGUUGCACAAGCCUCGAAGUCGGCAAGACUGCUAUGCGCUCAAGGGGCUUGUGUGGUUAUGGCGCCGCCCAGAGACCUUCAUUUUUUUCCGCGGUACCAAGUACAAGUGGGCUCAUAGCGCUCUGUACGGUCUCCUGGCCCAAUUGCACGAACCUGUGCUGUCUGCAAGCACCCUUUGGGCAGGGCAAUCCGAAGCCUGGCGCGCAGCACAUGGCAGCGAAGCAGUCUCUAUUUUGAUCUUUGCGCUCAGCAGUCGUGAAAAGCUACUUCACGCCUACACGGUCUACGUCACGAUGAUUGGAGCCAAGCCAUCUCAGUUCGACACAUCACCGCGACUAGGUCUGCUAGAACGACUGCGUCGUAGGCUCUUAAGGCUCACCAGCCGAGCUCGGAUGCACGACAUUGCAGAACGGCUUUGCGACGAUCUUUGGAGGAAGGCGCCCGCCGACAAGGACGGAUCGCCAAGACUCGAGGAGGGCACGUUGCGUACGCUCGUCAUGCACUACGCUCGACGGGGAGCAUCGGAUCUGGUCCGAUCUACGCAUCAGACCCUGAUGCGACGGUUUCCACAAUCGGAGCAUGCCUUCGGUCUGCUACAAGAGGCUGAAGCGCUUUGUGCCUCAAGAAAGGGUGACUUGCCCGGUGUCAUGCGGGCUUAUGGCUUACACUUAGAAGACGGCCAGCCCUUCGGUUCAGUCUUACCGGACGACGCGAAGUAUUCGCUCCCUCGUGCUGCACCACUGCGACUCAUGGAAGCCUUGACUUACGGUGACCAUGUUCCCGAGGCCGAGGCGCUCUACGAUCGCGUGCUUGAAGUGUACAGCCGCGUGACGCCCCAAAUCGUCGACCUCCUGAUGGACAGCUACACAAGACAAGGGGACAUGGUAUCAGCCCUUUCACUAUAUGAUGAGCUGAAGGCAAGCUCAAUGCCCUUGAGCAUCCGGACCUACACAUCCCUUGUCACAGGUUUUGCGCACCGCAAAGACCCUGAUAGCGCUUAUCGAGCAGUGCAAGCUGCAAUCGCCGACGGUCUGAGGCCAGAUCAUUUCAUGUGGAACGCUUUACUCGAUGCUUACGUAGAGUGCGGCCAAUGGGAAGCCAUGACAGCCUUGGCAGCAUGGAUGAGGGACCACCCUUCUCCAGCUAUGCGGCCUUCGGCCGCGACGCACACUAUUCUACUCAAAGGCCAAAUGCUGAGUGGAAGUAGCCCCGAGGAAAUGAGAGCAAUGUUCGACGAUAUACGCAAAAGCCACCCGCCAAACGAACACACUUGGGCAUAUCUUCUGCAAACGUAUUGUGACCGCGGACGACUGAAAGAAGCCUUUCAGAUCUUUCAACAGCUUGACGACGCUCUGCGAAAGCCAUACGUCUCAGCGCACAAGGGCGGUGGUGCAGCGCGCCGGCAUUUUACAAUCCUCUUGCACACCUACAUUCGGCACAAGCGUUUCAAUGAAGGUCGCCAAGUAUUCGAGGAAAUGCAGAGGCGUGGCAUACAACCCAGCAAGAUCACUUGGGGUGUCGUCAUCUCGGGAUACGCGCGGAUGCGUCAUGGCGAGGGUCUGUCUAUUGCAAAAGAGAUAGCGGAUCGCGCUGCUAUCGAGUCGAGUCAGCCUCCACACCUACACGAGUCGACGUGGAGCUCACCUGCACUUCGCCAAGGUACUGAUUCACAAGCGUUGUACCUGCCAAUUUUGUUAGCAGCUACACGGAGCGGCAAUCCGAAAGAGGCACAAGAUGCAGUACAAAGCAUUGCUGCUUUGGGCAUUCGAGUCUCUUCUCACACGUGGAUCACGCUGUUGGAUGUCCAUCGCAAGGCACGCGAUCUUGACGCUGUGGAACGAGUAUGGGACUCCAUCUUCAGAGACGCGAUCAAGCAACGUGACGGAAAAUUCACACUCGAGGACGGUGUUGCUGCGCAAGCUGAGGACGAAGCAGCGGGAGCUCAUCACCCACUCAAGCUUCCCGACGUCAGAUCGCAUGCGCGCAAUUUGCUCUGCGUGCCCCUCUCUAUGGCGAUCGAUGCGUGUUCUGCGGCAGGCCGACACGACGACGUCGGCCGACUGUGGGCGCAGGUGAGAGACAACGGAUUUGCGUUUGAUCCACAAAAUUGGAACGCCCUAGUCGUAGCCUUGCUCAGAGCAGACCGGCUCGAGGACGCGCUACGCAUUUUCAACGACCUCUUGCUCGAGGCCGAUGAUCGACCACCACCUGGCGUCUUGAAAGGUGGACACGACGCUCCUGGUACAUCGGACGAUGACGAGAGCUCUUGGCUCGGUGACAAGAGUACCAUUGGUCAUGCCGAUGCCGAAGUGUCUGCCACCGAAGGCGAAGCAUCAGUAGCGCAAGUUCAUGACAGCAGCAAAUCAUCAGACGGCGCCAAUGAGCCCAUCGUCAUCAAUGGCGAGAUUGUGUUCUCAGAUGCAGAAUCGAUCAAGCGAAUGGAGCCCACGCACCGUAUUUCCCCUCGUCAGCGCCGCGUCAUGUCCUUUGAGAUUGGGGAGCCGGUGAGACAGGUCGAAAUAUCGCCCCGACCCAUUUCAAGGGCUUCUUUUACAUCGGUAGAGGAGAAAGCGAAGAGUCGACAAGUUCGGCCAUUCUACCCGACUUUGUUGCAGCACGAUUUCGGCGCAGAGAGUGCGGCUGAUCUUGCAGCAGCGACUCGACCUUUCUUCCCAGUUGAGUCUGAGCUCGAUCCCUUACCGACCGAACUGGUCCACGAGCUCGCAUGGGUUCUCGAUCGGAGCGAAGACCAGGCUUCGGGUGCAACAUUGACGGCCGCUUCGAUAUAUCCAUCGGACGACGAGGUAGCGCGUUGGCAGACUCAAGCCGGACACCAAGCAGGUACCUCAGCAUCUAUCUAUGCUGCUGAUGACACAGAGGGUGACCUCCUGACUGAGAGCGGCGCAGACAUUCAUGAGCAAAUGUCCUUUGCAAUCGAAGAUGCUGACUUUGAGGAGCCCGAUCCGGCUUUGGUCGAGGUGUUCGUCCCACGCGCCGAUGCCGAAGACUUCACAAGCAGCCGCUUCACCGCUGCACCUCCAUCACCUUCAACAAACGCGCACAAAGGGUCGCGUACACCUCACAUAACAGAGGAGAUUGAGGAAGGUCCAGAGAACCAUGGACAGGAUUUCCAUCCCCACCAACAUGGUGAGAAGGGUGAACUCGAGGAAGCGGACGCACCGGAAGGUAUUCUUUCCGACCCACCUCCCUACACGGAGUACCUAGACCGAGGUGCACACACCCACGUCGAUGACUUCCAAGCGGAUUCGGCGCAGGAAAGCCUCUUUUCCGGUCCGCCCGCACAGCGCUUCUGGUUCGCCAACUCCGAGACUCUGGCGUCCAUCAUAGCCACGAUGCGCGAGCUGCGUCGUAAACGUUUCAACCGGAGGGAGCCAGAUGCAGUCCCUGGAGCAACCAGGGUCGAUCGCGCCCUGCGCAUGUAUCCGCGAGCUGCCCAACGGCUCCGCGACUACCUUCCCACCCUGACUCAUCUUGAAGACAAGAGGAAGCUGCGCGCUCAGAGAGGCUGGCUGGAAGACAGCGGUCCAAAUGUGCCGAAGGAACUCAAUCCUUUGCUUGGCUCUCUGCCCGAACGUCCCGACAAGGACAGCAACGACUCGCUGAGUGACUUGGACAGGAUCAGGCAGGAUCCUUCAUUCCGGACUUUCGCCAAGAAACCGAGAGGAUCCCCUACUGCGCGAGAGCUACCGAGACAGAGUAGAUUCUACCCACUACGCAAAGAUGAGGGAACUACGACGCAAAAUUUGGGAAACGCCUCUUCGGAACAUACGCUCUCUCGCUCAGCGCCGUCGGCACGGACGCGAAGUGGCAAAAACGGCGCGCAAAACCAAACUGCGACGCGCGGCACCUCUGUCUCUUCGGAACCGCCCCUUGCAGCCGCACGUCCUUCAGGGAAAGCCAUCCCGCCCCACUUGUUGCGCCAACAGUAAUCACGAGGUUCCCGAAGAUGAUUGGCGAGGCAGGCCUAUGGCGCAUAUUCCAGCCAUUAAGCUAUUCGGAGGAACGCUUUACUGAAUGCUCACCGCUUUACUCGGAGUGUCCGAAGUCACUACAGCACCACCUUUUACCUACCUACCCCGCUCUUACCUUCCGUACCCUCGUCGUCGCCAUCACCAGAGGAAGCCAAGUCUCCCGCAAGAGCAGCUCAUCUUGUAUCACCGACCAUUGCAAUGCAUUCUGUUGAAGG